AACUCGCCAAAGAAGCCAUUGAUGAACAAAUUAAUCAGGAUGACAAAGUGCCAAGCAUGCUUCUCGAAAAGCAAAGCGGAUUAGACCAACAAACUAAAGUAAUUAAAUUUCUGCCGGUUAUUGCUCAGUCCAUGGACCGCGUAGUGGCUCGGGUUCCUUCCAAAUCGGCUGGGAACUGA